UCCAAAUACAGCAAACAUUCUCUCGGGAAAGAUCAUGCAGUUCAAAGGCCUCCAGAUGGCUGGAAAUCACUUAAUUCGAUAGCCUAUUUCACCUCUAUUUUCUACAACAUGGGCUCCAGGGACAAUUCUGUACUGUGUAUGGAUUUUCUAAUUAUCAUGUGCACAGCUUUUCUGGUUAAAUAUGCCGAAAGUCAAGCCCAAGGAGUUGACUGCACCCAUGAGGUUGCACUUGGCAUGGAGAGUGGAGCUAUUUUGGAUCAGCAGAUCGCUGCGUCAUCUAUGCUAGCCCCUCAAUAUGCUGGAACCAAAGCAAGACUUAAUUAUGUAGGUGCUUGGUAUGCACUCAAGACAGACAAUCAGCCUUGGAUUCAGGUGGACUUGAGGAGACGGACAGCCAUCACCAAACUUGCUAUUCAGGGAUAUAGUGCGUUUGUUGGUGAAUUUUAUCUGUCAUACACUGAUGAUAUUACUAACUGGAGUAAUUAUACAGAAGCAGGGACAACUAAGAUAUUCCAGGGAAACACAGAUGGCAGAAAUACCAAGAACAUUACCAUCAGCCCUCCUAUAGUUGGCCAGUUUUUUCGGUUUUAUGCCACCAAGUGGCAACAGUACUGUGCCCUGAGGAUGGAACUAUACGGGUGCAACUACACAUCAGUGACGCUACCCCCAUUUUAUACUACUCAAGCACCAGCAUCUUGUAGAACUUUACAGACGCCCCAGGGAGGCAGCAUGAGCUGCAAGAAUGGAUUCUUAAUCAACAGCAUUUGUAACUUCUCAUGCCAGGCAAGCUAUACCCUAGGGGGGAAUUCUCUACUGAUUUGCCAGAGCGACGGCAAGUGGGAUGAGAGUGAGCCUGUCUGCUACAGACUACCAAGCAAAAUUAGUAGUGUUAACCUCACUGAAGCUCUUUCCAACCUGAUCUCUAUUUCCUGGUCAAAACCAAGCGAUGGAAGCAGUCUAAUCACUGACUAUGAAGUUCAGUGGAAAACUGGAGAAAUUGUUUCACAAAAAUUGACAAGCAAAACUUCUGCAAGUUUGGAAGUGAGGCCUCACACAAGUUAUGAGAUCCGAGUACGAGCUUCCAACUCUUAUGGGAGGGGUUUAUGGUCUGAAUCACUGUCAGUGAGAUCAGAUGAAGCAGCACCUUCUAUGACACCUCCCGACUUCCAAGUAACUUCUGUUCGCUCUCUGGAGCUGACUGUCUCAUGGCAAGCUAUACCACCAGACGGCUGUAAUGGGGUCAUACUUGGCUACUACCUUGACUAUUACCAGAGUGACCGUCCGGAAGUUGUGAACAGACUAACUCUGGAUGCUAAUACACUCUCUACAAAACUCAUUAAGCUAGAUUAUGCUCCUUACUAUGUGAGCGUUGCAGGGUAUACACGCGUUGGAGAAGGACCUUUCACCUCUCGUGUCAAGAAAACCCCAAAUGAGGGAGCUCCAACACCUCCCCAAAAUCUUCGAGCAUCAGUUCAAGGGUCGACUGCUGUCCUCCUGACAUGGGGUCCCCCUGCAAAAGCUAAUGGCAUUAUCCAAAGAUAUGUGGUGAAGUUUGGCAUGCAUCAAGAUCAGAUGACCAGGUCCCAGUACACAAGUGGCCAGACAAACUCAACACUGGUAGCAGCACUGGAAGAGUACUCUACUUAUCACUUCAACGUGUUUGCCGAGACCUCUGUCACAGGGCAACCCUCGAAUAUUAUAUCAGUAACUACAGCAGAUGAUGCACCUGAUGCUGCUCCAGCUAUCACCUCAAUAGUACCUCGUGAUGCUUAUACUAUCUACGUAGCAUGGACUAGAGUUCCUCAAAAACAGUGUAAUGGAAUCAUUCUGGGUUAUACUGUGUUCUACUCUAUUUUGGGUCAACCCACAAGAAAUGUGACAUUCCAUGACGAGACUAAACUCAGCACAGAGAUCACAGGUCUGCACCCUUAUGCAGAGUACUGCAUCAAAAUGGCUGCAUUCACUCGCGUGGGACUCACCAAAAACUGGAAAAGUAAUGGUUGUUCAUGGAUAAAAACACUACAAACAGGGCCAAGUUCACCUGUAAAUGUAAAAGGGCAAGCAGAAAGCUCCAUUGCCAUCCGUAUUGAAUGGGAUAAGCCUCUCCAGCCUAACGGCAUUAUCACAGAGUAUAUAAUCUAUUAUGGACCAGCAGAAGGGAACCUCCAGUUCAGGAAGAAUGUGACCAGUAACACACUCAGCGCCGUCAUAACAGGUCUCAGGAAAUUCACCAACUACUACUUCCAGGUCAGAGGAAAGACCAGCAAACCUGGAAAUGCGUCACACACCAUCAUGGUUCAGACAAAGGAAGAUGUUCCUGGUCCGCCAGUUGCGUUCACUGGAGAGCCCGCCUCACCUGAUAGUACCCUACUGAUAUGGAACAAGCCAAACAAUGUCAACGGCAUCCUGCGCUCUUAUGUUAUCAGAACCUAUGAGAAGAGCACAGGAAAGCGAGUGGGUACAGUAAUGAACCGGACAGCGUACCCCCUGGACAACCCCAAAACUCCCAUCACUACCCUUGUCAUAGGGCUGAGGCCAUACAGGGCCUAUGUUCACUCACUGGCGGCGUAUACCAUUGGCGAGGGGCCGGCUGUCAAUUGCACUGUGACAACUAAAGAGGGAGUACCUAGUGCCCCUCAGAGUGUGCAAGCGAACCUUGUGGAUCUCAUCAUCACAGUGGAGUGGAAAAAACCACAGGAGAUGAAUGGAGUUCUUAACGCUUACACAGUAUACUGCAUGGGGUCACGCAAGUACCAACCCAUGUUCAGUGACCCCAAGAUCGCAUCAGUGACUCCUGACACAUUCACAUACCAGCUGUCCCGGUUGGAGCCUGGUACGAGCUACACUGUGUAUGUGACUGGGAGCACAGUGGUAGGCGAGGGGGACAAGAGCGAGAAAAUUGUCAUCAUCACUGCCUCACAGCCUCCUCCUGCCCCUAAACAGCCCGAGUACAAUACAAGAACUGUCACCUCUACCACCAUCACAAUCUUCCUCACCGCCGCCUCUUCAAGUAACGGCGAGGUCAUAGCGCACCAAAUAAUUGUGAAGAAGCUUACCCGGCUAGCGCGCCGCAGUCGUCGCCGCCGUAGUUCAACCCUCCCAGACUUCAUUGGCAGCUAUGAAGAUGCUAAGAAAUCCCGCUCACCAUUCUAUGUGGCAGCAGAGUUCCGCCAAGAGUUGCCCACAGAGUUUGUUGUCGGGGAUGACAAGUUUUACACUGGGUAUCACAACGCCCCUCUGGAACCCGAGACAGAGUAUGAAGUUUUUAUCAGGGGGGUCACUGCUGACAAGAAUGGGAAAUGGGUGUAUGGGGAGCCCUCUGCUGUGACACUACCUGCAACUGCACGUGCCGUGAAGCCCUCUGAUACUGGAAGUGAUAAGAAUGUUGGACUGAUAGCUGGCGUGGUGGGAGCCCUAAUUCUCAUUGCCAUCAUUAUCAUUGCUGUCGUGCUGUACAGAAGGGCAAAACGUCUACACAAGCCCAACUUGAAUCAGACCAAAUCCAAGCGACGUUUUCGUGACCUUGAGCUGAUGCGAUUAGCUGGCAAAAAGCGCCCUCUGUCAAAUCCCGGGGAACUGACUAACGACCCUGAGCAUCCUCCCGUUCCUGUCGACAACUUCGCCAAACACGUCCACAAACUGCACAAGUCGGACGACCGUGGAUUCAUGAUCGAGUAUAACAAGCUGGACGCCGGUCGAGAGUUCCCUUGUGAUGUUGCGUAUAACUCGGAUAACAAGGCCAAGAAUAGAUACGGGAAUAUUGUAGCAUAUGACCACUCAAGAGUUGUACUUAACGAAAUCGAGAAUGUCCGUGGAUCCGACUACAUCAACGCCUCUCACAUUGACGGAUAUAACAAGCCGAACGCUUACAUAGCAACACAAGGCCCCAUUCCUACGACUUUUGAUGACUUUUGGCGAAUGGUGUGGGAGCAGCAGUCUGCGUCGAUAGUGAUGUUAACAAAUUUACAGGAAAGACAUAAGCUCAAGUGCCACAAGUACUGGCCGGAUGAGACCGAGGAAUAUGGGGACAUCGGUGUACAGUUGUUGCGCUCUGAGCAUUAUGCUGAUUACUCCAUACGAACAUUCAACGUCAAAAGGGACGCCGAGAAAGAGGAACGGGAAGUAAAGCAAUUCCAUUUCACCGUGUGGCCUGACCAUGGCGUUCCUGAGUACCCUACUGCUAUCCUAGCAUUCAGGCGGAGGGUGCGAGCGUAUAAUCCCCCUGACGCAGGACCUGUUAUCAUACACUGUAGCGCUGGUGUGGGAAGGUCAGGGACGUUUAUUGUUAUUGAUGCAAUGCUCGACCGUGUAAACGCUGAGAGUUCAUUGGACAUCUUCAACUACGUGGCCUAUUUACGAACGCGCCGGACAGCCAUGGUCCAGACAGAGGAGCAAUAUACCUUUUGUCAUGACGCGGUGCUGGAGGCAAUUCAGUGCGGGAACACGCAGAUCCUCGCACACGACCUGCGCAUUACGCUAUCGCGCAUGGAAGAUGUUGACAAGGAGCUCAAGAUGACGAGGUUCGACUCAGAGUUCAAGACAUUGAACAAAGUGAGUCCUAUCCUACCGAAGGCGUGUUAUAUCGUGGCGUCUUACCCAGAAAACAAGGACAAGAACAGAUAUUCUGAUAUCCUAGCAUCUGAUUUCUCGCGAGUUGUACUCACGGCCAUUGACGACAACGAAAUAACUACGUACAUCAACGCCGUGCAUAUCUCGGGUUACAAGCAACAACACGCAUUCAUUGUGACGCAGUAUCCGCUGACCGCCACUGUGUCUGACUUCUGGCGCAUGCUCAGUGAGCAGGACUCCGCAUGUGUGGUUCUUUUCCAGCCAACGGAAGAAGGGGAUUUCCCUCAAUUCUGGCCGGAAGUAGGGAAGGAGACGUAUGACAUGAUCAGUGUCGAGUGUUCAGACGAGAGGUCGAGCAGCGUUGAUAACCUGAGGGCAUCCUACGACCAAUCAGAGAUCGCUCAGCUCCGAUUUAAUGUCAAAGAUCUCAGGACCCCAGAGAACUUGCACAAGAUCAAGAUGUUUGUAGUGAGUGGAUGGACGAGCGAGGACGAGACCCCGCCCACCUCCUCCAUCAUCACCUUGAUCGCCAAGGUCGAGCGGUGGCAGCAACAGUCCGGAAACGGGCCAAUCACUGUCGUCUGCAGUGACGGUAUCGGCCGUAGCGGAACGUUCAGUGCACUGUACUCUGUGUUGGAGCGGGUGAAGAUUGAGCAAGUGAUCGACGUUCUCCAAGCGAUCAAGGCCAUGAGGAUCCCGCGGCCAGGACUCGUCAAAACUACGGCAGAAUACAAGUUCAUCCACUACGCCGUGCAGGAGUACCUCGCCGCGUUUGACGACUACGCGAACUUUAAAUAGAGGGCAAUUUAUAAACUACACAAUAUAGUACUUCAUCGUUACUAGCCACGUGGAGAAAUCUAAACAUUCAAUCGCUGGUCUACGCAUUAUCGAAAAUAGAACACUUGAUCAUUCGUAUUGAACUGAAACGCUUCCGGUGACAUCUUGCGCAGAGAACCUGAACCGGGGCUACUGUGAAACGGCUACACCCAGUCUAAUAGCAUCAGUGAAAGGGCAUUAGAACACUUGAUCAUUAGAACACUUAUUGAUCUCGACACUGGGUCGAAAUGAAAGCUAUCGGGAGCAGCACUGGACGUAGAAAAGUCAAUGAUAAAAAAUAUUCAAAAGGGCUAAUGCUUGUUAAACGGGUAAAAUUGCUCUGAAAUGAACAUAACGUGUCAAUCGAACACUUGAUCGCCAGAUCAGAACGUUCCUCAAGUGAAUUAGUAUUGUUAUAAAUAAUAUGAUCGUCUUAAUAUCAAGUUGAGGCGGCAUUUUAUAAAUACGUUAGAUAUGUCAAAAAUUUAAGAGUUAUUAGCGAAAAAAGAGUUACUCGACUAAGAGUGCUUUUAUUAUUAAACAAAAUUUAUAGUUUUCUCAAAAAUCUUACAUUUAUUACUAUUCCUUGUAACAUAUACGAGAUUUUAAUUACGUAUUUCUCGAAAUAUUGCGAAUCUAUCUAUCUAUAGAUAAACCAUCCUUCAAAUGUAAUAAAAUGCAGUUUAUUGCUUCUCAGAAAGGCCAAUUUUAAUUAAAAGUGCUCUUCCAUAACA